AAGAUCAAACCACAAUUAGGUUUGAUGUCUUGCUUUGGGUGUGUGGGGCAUUGUUGUACGUACAUAUCUGUCUGCUUAAACCCACAGUUCUCUGUUUUGUUUGUCUUGUGAGGUUAUGAGAAACCACCUUUAUACAGCUUUCAAAUCUCAACCCAAUGUUUGUCUGCACCACAUCCUGAUGGGGAAAGAAGGCUACCAUGCCCAACUGACAAAGUCCAAAUGUGUAUUGUGGAAAUACACAUGAUCAUGAAAUAUGUCUGUUCCAGUUAAUUAUUGUUAUAAAGGCCAUCGUGCAGGUUAGAGAAAGUGCACGUGGGGUCAUGUGAGCUGCAGCUGCAUGCCAGAAAAGUGUGAAAACCAGAAAAGCUUUUCCUGCUUAACCUGUCACACACUCAUCUGCUUCAAAAUUCUGCUGCACCUUCACCCCCCAAGACACAGACGGGUGCCUGCCACAGAGGCAACAUGGAGAGGGAGGGCGUGCUGGUCCAGUCUUUUUACUUUGGGAGAAUUGGAAGUGAGGCCACGGAGAGGCUGCUGGAGAGGUUUGGACAUGAUGGCAGCUUUCUGCUGAGGGACAGCGACACCGUGCAGGGGGCCUACUGCCUGUGUGUGAGGAAAGCUCCAUUUGUGCACACCUACAGGCUUGUGAACUCCACCACUGGCUGGUCCCUUCAGAGUUCAGGAAUCAGACUGCCGAGUUGUAGGACUCUGGAGACACUGAUAGAGAACUUAAGAAGUGGCACAGCCUCUGAUGUCGGUUUAGUCCCGCUCACAGAUCCAUUGGACAAAACGCAGCUACAAGAAGACUUUGUCUACGUAGAAAUGUGUAGCAGGAGCUCCGUCUAUUGAAAUCCAGGAGGCCAACACUGUUAAUCAGGCAGACAAACUGAGGAUGAAAGAAACAUUACGUAUGUGACACAUCAAGAAGCUCUGUCAUUUUUCACAUGGGUUGUUUUACUUGACAUUAACAUUAUGUAUGAAGAAGAGGCGUCUAAUAUUAUUUUACCACACACGGCCAGUUUCAAAUACACUGCCAUUGUCAUUGAAAUGUUUUCAAAAUUGGUGUACGAGUGAGUGUGGGAAUACAGCUUAGUUUUUUUUUUUUGUUUUGUAAAAUAGAUUCCGUGAAAAUAACAGGAUCUCUGUUGUUGUGGUUUCUUUUUCACAGACCUAUGGUCUUCAUAUGUGGUUCGUCAAUGCGUGUGUUUGUUGGUGUGUGUGUGUGCGUGUAUUUGUUUGUGGGCAUAGGUGUGUUUGGCUGUUAAAACACGACUUUGUUCCACCCAUAGCCUCAAAGUAACCCUUUAAUAGCCUUUAAGUUACUGGUUGUUUGUGUGUGUCAUGAUGUUUUGUAUCAUAAAAGAAAGAUAUUUUACACA